AUGACGUCCCGCAAAACGCAGCAGGAGAUCGACAAGACCUUUAAGAAGGUCGCUGAAGGUAUCCAGACGUUUGAGGGUAUCUACGACAAGAUCCGCUCCGCGACCAACCCCACCCAGCGCGAUAAGCUAGAGGAGAACUUGAAACGAGAGAUCAAGAAGCUUCAGCGAUAUCGUGAUCAGAUCAAAUCAUGGGCUUCGGGGAAUGAAGUCAAAGACAAAGGGCCGCUGCUUGAACAGCGCAGGGCCAUUGAAACUUGUAUGGAGCAGUUCAAAGCCGUCGAGAAGGAGAUGAAGACGAAAGCAUAUUCCAAGGAAGGCCUUUCUGCAGCGUCGCGUCUUGACCCGAAGGAAAAGGAAAAAGUUGAAACAUGCGACUUCUUGUCAAAUAUGGUGGAUGAGCUGCAGCAAAGAAUCGAGGCCAUGGAGGCUGAAGAGGAAUCUCUUCAUAUGCAGAUGAAGAAAGGCAAAAAGGAUGUCGUAAAGGCCAAUCGUCUGGCAGACAUAUCACGCAUAACGGAGCGUCACAAAUGGCACGUUAACAAGUUGGAACUGCUGCUACGGUCUCUGCAGAAUGGCAAUCUGGAACCAAAUCAAGUGUUGGAUCUCAAAGAAAGCAUCAAAUACUAUGUGGAGGAUGGGCACAACAUCGAUUAUUCUGGGGAAGACGAGACGCUGUAUGAUGACCUGAACAUCGGCGAUGAUGCUGAAGCACAAUUCGGCAUGACUGGUGACAACGACCGAGUGUCGUCACAAGACACUCAGUCGAUCCAGGAAGAAGAGAUCGAGCCCAAGCCCAAGCCGUCGAAGAGCGAUGUGGUCGGCCAUCGACGACCCUCAACGCAGAUGAAAUCCCCGCUUCCGGUGCUUGCGACCCUUCAUCCAACGGCCUCAACUAGCUCAGCUUCUGCCAUGAAACCUGCUCCCCCACCGACGCGUCUGCCCGGAGAAACACUCAAGUACGCGUCUGCUGCUGCCGCCGCCGCUGCCAGUGACAAAAACGGCGUUGGUAUCGCCCCCCUCCCCCCUCCACUCGGGGCCAGCCCCGCCUUUCCUCCUGCAGUGCCCGCCUCCCGAGCUUCGUCUACUGCUUCACCUAUUGUUACUUUGGCACAGCCUGCGCCGAAAACUACGCCCACUGCAGCAGUCGCCGCAGAGGAAGUGGGAGGCCGUUUGAGAACACUUGCAUUUAGUCCAAAGGUCAGCGCGGCUGUGAGUGCCUCGAAUACGAUGCCACCCACCCCGGCGAUGGAUAAAGUCGAAACCACUGCCCCGAAGGAACAGCCGAUAGCCAAUGGCGAUACCGGGAAAGAAGCUCCGCAGCAGGAGGGAGAAGAAUCGAUCUACCACCUUCCUCCCGGCCUGCAGGAUUUGAUCCACUCCUUCGAGGUGACCAAGACUCGCGCUACGACCAAUGCUACAAGCCAGCCUCCCUCGGUGCAGCGUCUUCUGGCCGCGUCUCUCACCAACUGUCCUGAGCCUGCGGAUGCGGAGAAGCCUCGUCACUAUAAGCCCCAGAAUCCUUACAACACCCCCCUCUACUACCCCCAGGAGCCUCUCGCCAUCUUCGACGAUCCUCGUCUUUACGAGACCGGAAGGAUCGAUACGGAUACCUUGUUUUACCUGUUCUAUUACCGUCAGGGCACCUACCAGCAGUAUUUGGCGGCCAAGGCGUUGAAGAAUCAGAGCUGGCGCUUCCACAAACAGUACCAGACGUGGUUCCAGCGUCACGAAGAGCCCAAGACCAUUACUGAGGAGUUUGAGCAAGGCACCUAUCGUUUUUUUGAUUAUGAAAGUACCUGGAUGAAUCGUCGCAAGGCAGACUUCAAGUUUGUCUACAAGUAUCUGGAGGAUGAAUUGUAA